GGUCACUGUCGCUGGCACGAAAAGGCUUAUAAUGGCGAGCUGUGCGCCCCAAGGCUGAGUCCACGCACAAGACAGCGAGGGCCUCGACGUUCCGGAACGUCUUUUGGCUUUGGCAUGGAGUUGCACCAGGCGCUUUGUAUUGGUUCGCAUUGCGAUGGCGUAGGAUAAUGUUAGAUGACGAUUGCAGUCCUUCAUACUCAUGUCCUGUCCGUUAUGUCUUCAACUUUCACGAAUACCUACAACAAAUCUCCAACUAAGAGCGUGUCUUGUUGCCCAUGUUCUGUUGAGUGAUGUCGCAGUACUAUGCGGCAAGUGGCUGCUUAUCGCACCACAAUCUCUAGCCGUCACCCCAACACACAAGAAACCCGUAGUGACCAAACAUAACACAACUGUCCAUUCAAACAGAGUAUGGAAUAUAGCGGGAACAAUGACUGCUUGUGGGCACAAAACAUGGGAGCCUCAUGUCUCCAACCCAACCAUGGUGGCCUCGCCAGCGAGAUCGCUCGCCCCACGCCACUGCCGCUCGACGCGGGAUCAGACCAGGGUCACACACCUUUGGAGUUUGCACUUGCGCCCACACGCCCACGCGCCCAGCGCUGCCGCCAGGGCCCGACCUGCACAUCAGUUGAUCACCUUAAAAUCGCCGAUCAGGGCAUUAAGUCCUGCUUUGCUUUUCCACAUGUUCAAAGCUUCUAGACGAACGGUGAGACUUGGCCCAGUGAUGAAAGUAGACGCCGAAAUGGCAUCCGCUACCAUCAUCUAAGCUGUGUGACGCGUUAUGGACUUCUAAAUAGAGACUAGGUGGGUCGGAGCGCGUGCAUGAUGGCGCUCUGAAAUGGUGGUGUGGCAGUGGGCUUGGAAGGCUGGGAAAACUCGGCCUUGGGAAGGCUGAAUGGGAAGGUCUGGGUGAGACGCCAUAAAAUACCGCCGCAACUGUUGAGGCGUGCCAGAAAGCCUAUAGGUUGGCACGAGCAAUAAAGGACAUCCAGUGCAAGGCUGAUGUGGCUGUCACUGUCCGGCGCCCAAUCUCCCGAGGACUCGUA